GUAGCCACUUCCUGUAAAACUGAAGGGUGGGACAGGCGGAAGCUGAGUCCUGCGGUGUUAAUAUUUUUCUCCGGCUGAGCAGUAGGACUGAUAUUAAACACUCAACAUGCCGGCCUAUCACUCAAGCCUGAUGGUCCCAGAAACCAGGCUGGUGGGGAAUAUGGCAUUGCUUCCCCUGAAAACCCAGUUCAAGGGGCCAGCCAGAGGAGAUGGCAUUGACUCAGACAUCAUCGAUGAGGCUAUCUACUACUUCAAGGCCAAUGUUUUCUUUAAGAACUAUGAAAUCAAGAAUGAGGCAGACAGGACGCUGAUUUAUGUCACACUGUACAUCUCUGAAUGCCUAAAGAAGCUACAGAAGUGCAGCUCCCGGAACCAAGGAGAGAAGGAGAUGUACACACUCGGCAUUUCUAACUUUCCCAUUCCUGGAGAACCAGGCUUUCCUCUCAACGCCAUGUACAUUAAACCAGCAAACAAGCAGGAGGACGACACCAUGAGGGCAUACCUGCAGCAGAUCCGCCAGGAGACCGGAUUGAGACUAUGUGACCGUGUGUUCGACCCCCAGACAGACAAACCCAGCAAGUGGUGGGUGUGCUUCGUCAAGAAGCAGUUCAUGAACAAAAGCCUGUCAGCUCCUGGACAGUGAUCACCUCAGGACCCAAAGUUUCUAUUCUACACCUGCAACAUGGAUCGAUGGAGAGAUGGAUUUCUCUUCGAUCGGGCUGGGAGGGGUUUUGCUUUUGUGUUGCCAAGAUGAUUUUAUACUCUUUCAAUUUAAAUAUAUGUAUUCUCCUGACUGUUGACAAUAUUGAGCUGGCGCUUAAUUCAAUAAAGCAAUCAAAGGGAUUGAAAGAAAAAAA